AUGACUGAGAAGGCGGUGUGGGAUGAUGCCCAUCUCAAGAAACUCAUUGAAAUAUUGAGAGAAGAGGUUGAAAAGGGGAAUAGGCCAUUAGGUUAUUUAAACAAGAGGGGUUGGGAAAACGUUUUGGAGAAAUGGGAAGCUAGAACGGGAAAGAAGUAUCCCAAGGAUAAAUUCAAAAACAAGUGGGAUGCCAUAAAAAAUGAGUACACUUGGUUCAUGGAGUUGAAAAAUGAAGCAACUGGGCUUGGAUGGGAUGAUGCGAAGAGAACCGUUGAUUGCUCUAAAGAAUGGUGGGAUGAACAUAUCAAGAGAUGCCAAGAGAGUACAGGAAAGAAAUGCAAUCAUAUGAAGUUCAAAAAACAAGGACCAAAGCACCUUGAAGAUUUGCACAUCAUAUUUGACAAAGUACAUGUUACUGGGGCUAGUGCUUCUUGUGCUGGAGAUAUAUCUUCUGAUGAAUCAAGUGAUGAUAAUGCGGUUCCUUUCGAGAAGCCCGAUGGUAGUGCUCAAAUGAAGUUGGCAUCUUCGAAGAAACCAAAACCAAGCAAGAAGCGCAAGCAACCUUCUAACACAAAUGAGGAGAAGGAAGAGAAGAGUCCAUUCUUACGAUUGUACAAGCAGACAUGCGAGAAAAUAGAAAGUGGAGUGGAGAAGAUAACUUCAAGUGUUGAAGCAUCAUCCGCUCCUCUCACAAACCAUGUUCCCACCAUUUCAGAAGUAAUGAAGAUGGUCAAAGAAUGUGGUGUGAAGGAAAAAACUGCUCUCAUGCACACAACCCUCACUCUUAUAGUGAAGCCCGAGUUUAGGGAAAUCUUCAAUGUUCUUGAAACAAAAGAAGGGAGGUUUGAUUUUUUGGAGAGGGAGCAUGAGAAGGAGAUGUUGAAGCACGUGUAG